AUGUCGGGUCCAGUGCUACAUUCCAAAUUCGACUCCAAGAAUGCUCAUCUAGCGUCUAUCAUAUUAUCCCUCGACACCCAUCAAGUGCAAGUAAAGUCAGUUCACUCAACGCAAGCUUCACUUAAUACAUCAUUCAAUCUUGACAAAUCAAACAAGGUUUCCAAUUUAACCUGGAUAUCGACAUCACAAGACUCGGUCGAGGUCUUGGCGUUGUGCUUGGAGAAUGGAGGUAUAUUGAUAUAUUCACCACAUACAAAUGAAAUCAUUUCGGAAUUAACUACAUCUGCUAAUGUCGCAGUUGUAGAUUUCCAUUACUCAGUAGUGACUAAAACCGCAUGGUCUUGCGAUGUUCAGGGUGGAAUUUACGAGUGGGAUGUAAUUCUGUACCGAUUAUUACGUUCUUUCAGGAUUAGCGAGAUUGUGGAGUCAGUUGAAUCAAUAAACAGAAUUUCCAGUUGUUUAUACAAUUCUGAGCCCCACUUGUUACUAGCCUCCAAUUCAAUUUAUUUAUAUGAAAUCAAAACGAAACAAAUAAGGAGAACAUUUCCAGGACACAUUCAACCUAUAACUAGUAUCGUUUCCCUUGCAAACAAUAUGUUUAUCACUAGUGCCAUAGGUGAUCGAUUCAUGAAUUUAUACGAGUUGAACAAGACUACAACAAAGGCUAUAUUUGUUGCACAUGCUGCCGUUUCAAGCUUUUGUAUCGGGUCAAAUCAAAAUGAAUCGGUUUUGGCAGCAAUAGUAGAGACUGGAAGCGUGGAAGUGUUCAAUGGUCCACUUUCAGAUACCAAUCUCCCUUCGGCGACUCCUUUAAAAAAGAAGAGAAAACAAGUUGGUGCCAUCACCCAUUCGUCAAAUUCCACCAUCAAGUUGUCCAGAUCUUCUGAAGAGAGCAGAAAUCCACAAGAUGUAAACCUUGUUAUUAACGCCAUUAGUUCAGAUGGUGACUCUUUAUUAUUCACGUGGAUGGAAAGCGGCACUAUUCCCUUUUUCGAUUUAAUAAAAUGGGUAGGUUCAGGAAACUAUUUGCUUGAUGGAAACAAAACUAUCAUCAAAAACAAGGCCGAUCUAAAGCAAAGUCAAAGCUCCUCGCAGUAUGGGCAUGACGUGGCAGCGUCCAAACUUUAUAAUGAGAGUCAUGCUGUGGUUAAUGAUGGAACAAGUUUAGCGGAUUUAGAAGACGAAUCUGAUGGAGAGACAUUAGCUGAAAAAUUUGAUAAACUUGCAAUGAAUAAACAACAACCACAGCGUAAAAAGAAAUUGGAGGAAAACCGAAAUGGAAUGUCGUUGUCUAUCAUAUUAUCACAAGCACUUCAAAACAAUGAUCACUCAUUGUUGGAAACAGUGUUGCAAACUCGCGAUCCUCAGUCGAUACAAAACACUAUCAGCAGGUUAAACCCCUACUCUUCGGUAAUUUUGUUGGAUAGACUAAGUGAAAGAAUUCAACGUCAAUCUUCAAGGUUUUCUCAAUUGAACUAUUGGCUUAAAUGGAUAUUGGUCAUACACGGCUCAGUGAUUGCCAGCUUGCCAAACUUGAACCUGAAAUUGUACUCAUUGCACUCUGUGUUGGCUAAGAAAGCAAAUACAUUGCCAAGACUACUUGAACUACAGGGUAGAUUGAAUUUGUUAUACGACCAAUCGUCUUUGAAACAAGAUUUGAACAAAGAAGAAGUAUUUCAAGAUGGUGAAGAGGAAGAUGUUGCGUACAUUGAAGAUCUUGAUGAUGCGCAGUUUAACGGUGAAAUCGAUGUCGACAUAGAUGAGGUUUCAUCAAGUGAAGAAAGCGACGUCGAGUUUGAAGACGAAGAUGAUGAUGACGACGAGGAGCAAAUUGCAUCAAUCGAUGAACUAGAAAAUGCAAGCGAUGUUGAAGUUUAG